GAAGACCUAAAAGGAGGAAAUAAAAUAAAAAUGGAAAAAUAAGGAAGAUAAAUUGAAGCAAUAUUAAAAAAGAAAAGGAAAACCAUAUUUACUCUUCUCAUCUGUUCUCUCUCUCUCUCUCUCUCUCCACCGCCAAUCUCAUUAAAGUCUUUCCCUUUCUCUCUCUCUUUCUCUCCGCCGAUGGUAAACGACGGCGACUCUCACCGCAACUAAAAGGGGCAACAAAACAGUCGCAAAAUGGCGGAGGAAGACGUGUCGCGCAAUUUCCGAGCCCUGGUGGAGAACGCGGACCGCAAGUUCGCGAGAGUCCGCGAUCUCCCGGCCUUCGGGCGAGCGCAGAGCCACUACUUCCACAAGGUCUUCAAGGCCUACAUGAAGCUCUGGAAUUACCAGCAGUCCCACCGGCCCAAGCUCGUCGCGUCGGGGCUGAACCGGUGGGAGAUCGGCGAGAUCGCGAGCCGGAUUGGGCAGCUCUACUUCAGCCAGUACAUGAGGACCAGCGAGGCUCGCUUCCUCCUCGAGUCCUACGUCUUCUACGAGGCCAUUCUCAAGCGGAGGUACUUCGAGGAAGGGGAGGAGAGGAAGGAUCUCAGCGCGAGGUCCAAGGAGCUGAGGUUCUACGCGAGGUUCUUGCUCGUUGCGUUGAUUGUUGAUCGGAGGGAGAUGGUUUUGCACUUGGCUGAGAAGCUUAGGGCUUUGGUUGAUGACAGCAAGUCUAAUUUUAGGGAGACCAACUUUAAGGAGUGGAGGAUAGUUGUGCAAGAGAUCACUCGGUUUACUAAAGCUGACGUGGACUUAACUUAUGUCAGGCCGCUUCGUUACUGCGCUAUGCUUGAUUCCUAUCCAGCUUCUCACACGUACCUAGCGAGGUUCCACGCUAAGAAGCUCUUCAAGUUUCGUGAUGCUCUAUUAGCUAGCUAUCACCGUAACGAGGUGAAAUACGCUGAAGUGACGUUGGAUACGUAUAGAAUGAUGCAGUGUUUAGAGUGGGAGCCUAGUGGGUCUUUUUACCAGAAGCGGCCUGUUGAGACGAAAGAGAAUGGUUUUGUGGUUGAUCAUACGCUGACCUCUGGGAUUAUAGAUAUGAAAUUGGCUGCUGAUAUGGCUGAUCCGUCGUUACCUCCUAAUCCUAGGAAAGCUGUUCUUUAUCGUCCCACAGUGUCCCACUUGCUUGCGGUCUUGGCGAUGAUCUGUGAUGAACUCUCUCCAGAGUGUGUGAUGCUGAUAUAUCUAUCUGCUUCAGGUGGCCCUGCUGCUCGUGAGAAUGUUGCGCAACCGGAGAACGCUGUCGGUUCAAGCAGAACAUCAAAAAGCAAGCUGCUUGGCCGAGCUUCCCAAGAGCAGAAGAGUUACAAGUCAGAACCUCUUAGCAACGGACACAAAUCUUCUGGGGGUUAUUAUGAUGAUUAUCUUUGGUUAGGUCCUAGAGGAGGCUCUGGUUCAAACAACCUUUACCCUGGUGAUCUAAUCCCUUUUACGCGGAAACCGCUUUUCUUGGUCAUUGAUAGCGACACUAGCCGAGCAUUCAAGGUUUUGAAUGGUGCAGAGAGAGGAGAGCCUGUUGCUCUACUUCUUUCGCCUCUGAAGCCAUCUCUGGAGAACCCAUCUGCUGAUGAUACAGCAGCAGCACUAAACGGAAGCCAGUUUACUUUUUUCUUGACAGCUCCUUUACAAGCAUUCUGUCAAAUGCUGGGCCUCUCGAACUCGGAUCCCGAACCUGAGGUUUAUGAUGAAGCAGAGAGCAUACUAUCUGCUUCUUUCUCUGAGUGGGAAACGAUCCUCUUGACUUCCAAAGUCUUGAAUCUUGUCUGGGCACAGGUCUUGCCUGAUCAGUUCUUGAGACGGCUGAUUCUCAGAUUCAUAUUCUGCCGGUCUGUACUCACUUGCUUGAGCCGCACAGAGGAUGAUGACCCGUAUUUACCACAAUGCCACCCGAGUCUCCCAGAUUCGCUCUCACCGGUGUCUAAAACGGUGCAGUCCACAGUAGAACGGCUAGCUGAUCACUUGGGUGUUGCCAAAUCUUUCCACUUCAGCAAGACAUAAAAACUAGAGAAACCUAUGAGCCUCUCUCUCACUCUAUAUCUCCAUCUCUGUGGUCGGGGAGGUUGGUAGGUGGAAUAGGUUGUAUGUUCACUUUUUUUUUAUAGAAAAAGUCUGUAUUUUUUUAGGGUAUAAAGAAAGUGUAAUUUGGAGAUUGAAUUUUUUUCUUUCUAGUUUUGAUGAUUCUUUAGCUUUGUGUUGUUCUUUGUAAAAGAUUAGAACCCAGGUAAUAAUUUACUAGUCUCUUUUCCUUCUCUCUUCUCAGGAUGGUUUGUUUUGUGUAUCUGAGGUAAAACUCUGCAUUGCAUAAAUAAAAGUGUGUCAUUGUUUCUUUA